GAUAUGAUUCUCAUCUACUUAUGAAAGUUGUAAGCAAGUUCACGGCUGAUAAGUUAAAAUGUAUCCCAGAAAAUAUUGAAAAGUAUAAGGCCAUGGAUAUUGCUCGAAAAAUUCCCUUAACUGGCAAACAUUUUACUGAAAAAGGUUAUUCGAUAGAAAAGAUUGAACUUCUUUUCCGAAAAGGUGUAUUUCCAUAUGAUUGGACAAAUUC